AUGUUGUGGCAUACUGCUCUGAUCCACAUCGCCAAUGCGAUCCUUGGAGAUACAAAGGAUCCUGCCUGGCGCUUUUACCUAUUCUUCUGUGUCGAAAGUUAUGGAGAACUACGAGGAGCAUUCCGAUUUGCCGAAACCAUCGGUCGUAGCAUAUUGUCCAUGGCGCUUCAGCAAGGCGAUCUAUCCGCAGACGAAGCACGGAGACUAAUGGUGCAGUUUGAGGAGAAUAGGCUGACCAGUCCGUCGGAAGAUAUACGGGCGACUUUCAUGGCUGAUCUGAAUCUUGCCAUGACGGAUCCCGAAGAAGCAAGUGUGGAGAGCCUGUCUGACAGGUUUGAGGACAUUGCACUGUUUCGGGAGUUUACAAACGCGGGCGACUCAAGCGAGGAUGAGCCGGUAGAGUCUGAUGAUAAUACUUGGGACACAUUGUGA